CGUGUCCCCGUUCCCCCCCCCCCAGGCCCGUCCUUGGGCCCGGGUAUAUCUUGGCGGCGCUGGGGGAGGCGGCGGGUGGGCAAUGGCGGCGCUGGCGGUGGUGGUGCUGGCGGCGACGGCGCUGGCGGGGGCUGAGGCGCAGUGCCCGGCCCCCUCCGACCUGCGGACGGCCAACGGUACCCGCAUCUGCGCCCAGCUUUACGCCGACAACAGCCCCUACUACGACCAGUGCUGCGGGGGGGAGGUCCUGGUGGUGGACCCCGGUUCCGACGUCCCCUACAUGCCCCAGGGCUGGGCUGCCCGCAUCUCCUCCUUGGUGGUGGGCACCCGCUGCGAGCUGACCGUCUGGUCUCGGGCCGGCAAGAAGGGGAAUAGCCGACGUUUCGGAGCCGGCGCGGUACCGCGGUUGCAAGAGGUGCGGCGGGGAGUCUUCACCGAUUGGAACGACGCCAUCAGGGGUUACUACUGCAAGUGCAACUGAGGGGGGGGCGGCACGGGGCUGCGCGAGUCAACGCCGGUCAACGUGAGUCAGCGCGAGUCAACGCGGGCCAACGCACGUCAACGCGAGUCAACGCGGGCUGAUGCAAGUCAACGUGGGCCAACGCAACUCAACGUUGAGUCAACGUUGGCCAAGACAAGCCAACACAGGCCAAGAAAAGCGAACGCAAGUCAUGGCAAGUGAACGUGGGCCGAGACAAGUCACCGUGAGUCCACCCAGGUCACCGUGAGUCCAUGUGGGUCAAGGCUGACAGACGUGGGCUGACGCACGUUGAGGUGGCAGUGCCACCCCCCCCCCUUCCGCCCCCCCCCCCCCCAACCUCGUACAGCUCCGAGCGCAGCCAAUAAAGCCUGGAGGCGGCAGCA